AUGGUGAUUUCACCGUAUUGGUUGUUUAAAGAAAGAAAGUUGGGUUUGUGGAGGCCAGGAGAAGCCUUGUGGAGUAUUAUACCAGAUCCUGUCCUUGAAAAUAAUCAAUUCGUAAUCAAAAACACUUAUUUCUCCGAUAUUAUCAGUUUUGAGGGUAAAUUUUAUGCUACGACCAAGGAAGCAAUGUUAAUAAUGAUUGAUCCCACAACUUACAAAGUAAGGAAUUUGAUCACAGUAGGAUUAGAUUUGGGGUAUUUGUUCUUAAUGCCGUAUUUAGUUGAAUCAAAUGAACGGCUUUAUCUAAUUUAUAAAGAUAAUUUCCUUUCAUGUGAUCCCGAUCAGCAGGGAUAUAUUAAUGUUUUUAUGUUGGAGGCUCACACUGGGAUAAAUAAACAUCAGACAUACACUUGGAAUGUUGUUACAAACUUAGAAGAUCGUGUGUUCUUUGCUACCGACUAUGUGACCUUCUCUAUUACGGCGGAAGGUUUAGGCUGGUCCAAAGGUAACUAUUUGAUUUUGCCAUUUCAUCCCUUCGGUCCACAACGCAUUCAUCUGUUCUUUAGCGUAGAUGAAAAUUUAAUAGAUGAUGAUUAUGACAUUUUACAAUAUUUUGCUGAUUAUUUGGGGUUUUAUAGUUUACAAGAUUUAAAAAUGUAUUCUGGUAUGAAAGAGGUUGCUCAAUUCACCAAGAUUUUCUGGCCCCCUCCAGAUUAG